AUGUCGGGUGAUAGUAGUGAUGAGUUCUUUGCUAGUGCGGAUGAGGGAUCCGACACUGAAAUGUCACCCAUCGCCAAGCCUAUAAACAGCAAGCCUGUGGAAGAUUCUUCAAUUGUAAAUCCUGAGCCUAGUGAUGUUUGCGAUCUUUCUGAGGACAAGUCAUCCCCAUCAACAUCCUCUCCUGAUAAUUUACUUACAACAGAUCAAAAGAAGACUUCAAUUGGGAAACCAUUAUCUGUUAGUAAAGAUGGGGAUAAUUUGGUUAGCAUCGCCAAAUUUGAAGAUACUUCAAAAAGUCAGUUAACUCCUAAUAAGUCGGUUAAUAUAGUUGAAGAAGACGCAUGGGAUAUAGAAGACGAUCCGUGGUUGGAUCUACGGGAAUCUAAAGAUGAAGCAGCCUCAAUUUCACAUCUUAAAUCUAGAAAAGAGAUAACUGAUACUACUUCUGUGCAGAAAAAGGACCUGCCUUCUGAAGAUGUUUUGAAUCCUGAAGAUAAAAUUGAGUUAGAUGUUGCAUCUCAGCAGACUGAAAGCGCUCCCACGGUACUUGCGACUCAGCCAAUCUCCAUAAAAGUUGAUCGUCAGGAUAUUGUUAAUGAUGUAUCUAAAUUUACCUCUGAAUCAUUUGAUCAAACACCCAUAAAGACAACAGUUUCUGAAAACCCUAUUAAUUCCGAAAAUACUGAUGCCUGGCAUGUUGAAGAUAAUCUUUGCAUAGAGAUUGUGGAUGAGCCUUUCAGAGAAGUCGAAAAAGACCCAGAUUUAUUGCAAAAUAUCCCUCUUCAAAAAGUUGGGGAUUCUUCAACUGAGGAAGUGGGAGCUAGUGAUAAAGAGUUUAAAAGUCAGCAAAAGCUGGUUAAAGAGGAUUUUUCGAAUUGGGUACCUGCUGAAGAAGAAAAUGUGUGGGAUUUGAUUGAUGACCCUUGGGUCGAAUCGCAGUCCAAAGAAGGCGAAAAACUGGAUUCCUGGGACUUGAAGAGCGAUCCUUGGUCUAAAACAGAAGCCUUAAAGCAAGAGUCUAGCACUGAAGGAAAUUUGGACAAUAUGGGGGAUUUGCGUGCAAAACUCUCUGCACUUGGUGGUGGUGGUGGUUCUCCCUCAAGCACGCCACAGGAACUGGCUUCGGCCGCUUCCGCUCUCGUGAAAUCCGUGGGUGGUGGUCUGGCGAGCUUUGUGGGUGGUAUUAAACUCCCCAAUCUCUCUAGUUUUGAGGAGCCAAGAGCAUCUGAACUACCUCCAGAUUGUGAGACCAAUGAUCGGACUGCUGGUGACAGUGGCUGGAGUGCGUGGAAUCUCGGUUCAAUCGCUAAGUCCCUCACUUCUGCUGUUGAAAAUACUGUAAGUUUUCUGCUGUUUUUCCCUUUCCUUUCCUUUUCCCCGUUAACGGUUUUCAUCAGUUGUAAUGACAAAUUAUUAAGAUUAAUGUGGUUCAUUUUCGGGUGGGGGGGGGGGGGGGGGGGNUUAUUACUGGUUCCUGAAUUUCCAUUGAGUACGAAUUGGUCUUGUCAUUCAAACUAUUGGGUUUGA